GGUACAACUUCAAACCAGUCACACUUCAAGGCAUACGAAGCUGCUGAUGCAAGGAAUGCAAGGAGCCUUCCUUCACAAGUGAGGCCAUGCCAAGAGCAGAGCACAACCUCCGUUGGUCCUUUGCAGAUCUGGGAACGGCAUCGGGAAGACUAUCCAUUGCUUGCCACACCAUCAAACGCUUCAGGUGGCAAGAAGUAUAUCCCUGCUGCGGAGCUAGUUCACAUGCGACCAAUCCCAGAGCGUCCUUUUGGUGGAGUUAGCCAUUACACGAAGCACCAGGAUGACGCUCAGCAGGCCCGGCAUGAAUACUUCCCCUACCGUGAUGAAUUUCACCCAAGGUCGAAGCGGCUCCUGUAUGAGAUGGCACUGAGUGCGGUCGAUGAGAAGAGUGUAGCGUCAGAGGACACAAGGAGUUGCUUCACCCUGCCAAGCACAGCGAAGUCCCAAAGCACCCAGAAAACGGUGGUCUCGCAGCCACGUUCUGCUUCCAGCUCACGCCUCCCUACAGGUGAUUCGCUGCGUGUGGGUGGUGGCAAGCCCGGUGCCUUGGCGCACCGGCGGCGGCAAGCUUUCUUCAGGUCUCCCAGUCAGUCGCAUGUUGAUCGAGAUUGGUAUCUCCAAGUCUAUGACAAAGAAGGCCCCGCUGCAUUGUCCACAGCGAACCAUCGGCCGCGAUUCUACAAUGGCAGCCUGGACAUGUACAGCCAAGCGUUGGCUGAAAUGUCUGCGCUUUUGGAUGGUGAUCGAGAAACACAGCCUCGUGAGAGAACUAACAAGUAGGCUGCUUCCAGUAUGUGACUGCUUCAGGCGCGCACAACACAUGCACGCACACACACACACAACCAAACAUGCAGAGUAUUGCAAGAACCGUUCUGGACGUCACCAGCUACGAUGGGAACCUGCUGCAGCAUGGCAACAACAUGUGAUAUCUCCGCUUGCGUCUUGUACAGUGUUUCACCAUGACCUCCAGCCCCCAGAAUUGGGAGCCACAACAUGGCGCUUGAAAGCAA